UCGAUUUUCCAUGAACACCCUUAGUGAUGAGUAUAUAAAGCUCAGCUCAUGAAGAGUUGAAAUAAACUAAGAAAACCAUGGGAACUCCUUCAUAUGAUAUCAAAAACAAAGGAGAUGACAUGCAAGAAGAACCAAAGGUGAAACUUCACCAUGAGAAGGGAGGAGAUGAAAAGGAAAAAAUAAUUGAAAAAGAGACUCCAUCCCAAGAUAUCAACAACAAAGAUACCAUCUCUUCAUAUGUUUUAACAGGAGAUGAUACACAAGAAAUACCAAAGAUGGAACAUGAGGAGGGAGGAUAUGUAAAGGAGAAAAUUGUUGAAAAGGAGACUAUAUCCCAAUAUAUCAUCAAGAUUGAAGGAGAUGAUGAUGCACAAGAAAAACUAAAGGUUGAGUAUGAGGAGGUAACUUUAAUUUCUUCUUUGACUUUUUAUUUAUUAUUUUUGUAUAUUUUACUGUCUAUUUAUUUCAUAUUCACAAAUUAUAUUUAUCACAUAUAUAUUGCUUUAUUUUCUUCAAAAUUACAGGAAGAAUAUGAAAAAGAGAAAAUAGUUGAAAAAGAGACUCCAUCCCAAGAUAUCAACAACAAAGGAGAUGAUGCACAAGAAAAACCAAAGGUGGAACAUGAGGAAGGAGAUGACAAAGAGACUCCAUCACAAGAUAUCAUCAAGAUGGAAGGGGAGGGUGCACUAGAAAUAACAAAGGUGGUAUGUGAGAAAAUUAUAGUACGAGAAGAUCUUGCUGUUCAAUCAAAACCUCCAUCAAAGCGUGAUCCUCCCAAAAUGCAAACAGACAAUAAUAAACUCUAGAAACAUCCAAAAAAAAUUAAUAAAUAAAAAAUUAUAAUUCAGAACGAUAAAGUAAAAAUUCUGAAUUUGUCUCCCGUUAGAAAAGUAACUUCAAAUAAAUAUUUGUCUUUCUUUGUAUUUUCAAAGUGUAAUUUGGUUAUUGUACUUUGAGAAGCUUUCUUUAGAUUGUUAUGUACUUGUAUUGCUUCCUUUCUUUUGGCUUAUUUAUAUAAUAUAAAUAAAAAAUAAAUAAAUAUCUAAUGAUAA